UUUCUCUGGCUACAUCUAUCUAUCUGUAUCCAAUCAAAGCUUUUGCAUUUGCUACAACACUUAGCUCACUGAGUGAAAACCAUGGCGGUUUCGCUAUCCACUCUCACUGCAACACUCUCUUCACUCUCCUUCUCCUCCAACAUUUCUCACAACCCACAAACCCUUACCUAUGCCAGAACCACCCAACCCCUUUCCCUCUCGCGCGUCCCCAAAACCCCCUCCCUCACCGUCUCCGCCGCUGCUCCGGUGGAGCCCGAAACCGAAAACCUCAUGAAGUACGUCAAAUCCAGGCUUCCUGGUGGAUUCGCUGCUCAAACUACCAUCGGCACUGGUCGCCGGAAGAGCGCCAUCGCUCGCGUUGUUCUCCAGGAAGGUACCGGCAAGUUCAUCAUCAAUUACCGUGACGCCAAGGAAUAUCUUCAGGGAAAUCCGUUGUGGCUUCAGUACAUUAAGGUACCCUUGGUAACUCUGGGAUAUGAAACUAGUUAUGAUGUGUUUGUCAAAGCUGAGGGUGGUGGCCUCUCUGGUCAGGCUCAGGCAAUUUCCCUUGGCAUUGCUCGAGCCUUGCUAAAGGUAAGCGAAGAUCAUAGAGUACCUUUGAGACAGGAAGGGCUUCUAACCAGAGAUUCUAGAGUGGUUGAGAGGAAGAAAGCUGGUCUCAAGAAAGCUCGUAAAGCCCCUCAGUUUUCCAAACGUUGAGGUUGGAAUUAUACAUGUAUGGACUGUUUUUUUUCUUUCGCUCCUAUGUCUUGGAAGUUGGUUACAUUUUGAACAAUUGAUUGUUUUAUUUGUAGUUGUAAGCUUCCUUUAAGUAAUGUAAAGAGAAACUGAAAAUGAUCACAUGGCCUUCUAUGCAGGACCCUGCCCUUUGUUUUCCAUUUUUUGUUGUAUUGUUCUGCAUGAAAUCGGGAAUGUAGUAAUUAUAUUAUAAGAUUUCUGUCAGUUUCAUACUCAACCAAAAUCAUUCCUUUUAACUUCA